CGUGCGAGGCGGCGCCAUCGCACUCGCCGCUCCUGCGCCUUUAAGGUGCGGCGCAGGUGGCGGGGGCGUGGGGGGCGUGGCCGGACAGGGCGGGGCGGGGCGGGGCCGGGCCGGGCCGGGGCGCAAGGUGAGUGCGGGCGGGGCCGGGCUGGCGCCGCGGCUGCGCCUUUGGGCCUCCUGCCUAUGGAGCCGGCCCGGCGCGGCAGCGCAGACCAGGGCUCAGCCGCUGCCUCGGGGCCCCGGCCCGGCCCCCCGCGGAGCCCCGCGCCCGCUACCUCCCCCCCUGUGCGGCCGGUGCCCUUCGGCCCCCGGGGGUCGGUCCGGCCCUCGCCCGACGGCGGGGCUCCGGCGGCGCCGCUUUUCCUUGGCGGCGGCAGCAGCGUCCCUGCAGCCCGCAGGAGCUCCCGGCCGGACGCCGGCUGCGACCCCUUCCCCUUCGGCUGCCCGCGGUCCGGGGGCGCUCAGCGCGGUGGGCCCGAGGACCGGGUCCCGGGCCGGGCGGCCCAGCCCCUGCCGCUGGAGGUGGGCCGGGCCCAGCCUGAGGCGCACGGUGGGCCCCUCGCCUUCCCGCUGCCAGCCCUGCUGCCCCCCAGCCCGGGAGCCCCCUCGGCCCGCCCUGGCGCGCCGUCCCCGGCAGCCUCCGGCCCGGCGCCCAGCCGGCCCGCCUUCCCCGAGCUCCGCGCCCCGGAGCACCCCGGCCCCGGGAAGCCGCCGCCCGCCGAGCGGAGGGAGAUGCUCCCCAAGGCCGAGUCCAGCGACCACAUCUCGGCCUGGGCGGGCUCCUCGCCCCGGGCUGCCGGCCUGCCCAAAGCCGUCUCCAGCGAGUUCAUCGCCGGCGGCUGGGCAGCCCUGCCCAAGCCCGAGCCGGACGAGCUGUCCCACCUCGGGCGGUCGCUCGGCCUGCCGGGCCCCAGCCAGCCCUGCGGCGCGCCCCUCGGCUGCUCGGCGGGAGCCCCGGAGGACGGCUCGUUCCGCAUCACAGUGGUCACCUGGAAUGUGGGCACAGCCAUGCCCCCGAAUGAUGUAACAUCUUUGCUGCACCUCAACACGGGCGAGACAAAUGAUGCAGACAUGAUCGCCAUUGGGCUGCAAGAAGUGAACUCAAAGAUAAACAAGCGCCUGAAGGAUGCCCUCUUCACAGAUCAGUGGAGUGAGCUCUUCAUGGAUGUGCUGAGCCCCUUCCACUUCAUCCUGGUCAGCACGGUGCGGAUGCAAGGUGUGAUACUACUGGUAUUUGCCAAGUACUACCACCUCCCCUUCCUCCAGGACAUCCAGACAGACUGCACAAGGACAGGGCUGGGAGGCUACUGGGGCAACAAGGGUGGGGUGAGCAUUCGUCUCUCCAUCUUCGGCCACAUGGUCUGCUUCCUGAACUGCCACCUGCCAGCACAUCUGGAGAAGGCGGAGCAGCGCAAGGAGGACUUUGCCACCAUACUGCAUAUGCAGCAGUUUGAGGGGCAUGCGGCCAGCGGCAUCCUGGACCAUGACCUCGUGUUCUGGUUUGGAGACCUCAACUUCCGCAUUGAGAGCCUGGACAUCCGCUUUGUGAAGUAUGCCAUUGACAGCAACAUCCUGAGCCAGCUCUGGGAGAAGGACCAGUUGAACAUUGCCAAGAGCACCUGGCCUGUCCUCAGUGGCUUUCAGGAGGGACCCCUGAACUUUCCACCCACCUUCAAGUUUGAUGUAGGCACCAACAAGUAUGACAGCAGUGCCAAGAAACGAAAACCUGCCUGGACUGACCGCAUCCUCUGGAAGAUCAAAUCUCCUGGUGUUGGGCUUGGUGCAGGCGGGCGCCGGCCCAGCCGGGGUGUCCUGUCAGUGAGCCAGCUCUGCUACUGCAGCCACAUGGAGUACACAGUCAGUGACCACAAGCCAGUAGCUGCCAUCUUUGCAGUGCAGUUUGCUUCCAAGGCAGACAAGCCCCCAGUUGAGAUUUAUGUGGCUGAUGAAUGGAGCAGGCCUGAGCAAGCAGUUGUCAGGUACAAGAUGGCUGCUGGCUUCCACCGGAGCUCCUGGGACUGGAUAGGACUCUAUCGGGUGGGCUUUCGGCAUCCUAAAGACUAUGUGUCAUAUGUCUGGGCCAGGAGUGAUGAUGGAGAGCGUUGUCUAGAGAAGCAGCUGUGUGCACAGGUGAUCUUCUCAGAGGAAGCGCUGCCCAAGGGGAAGGGCGAGUACAUCCUUGGAUACUACAGCAACGCCUCCAGCAGCAUUGCUGGUGUAACUGAGCCUUUCCAGAUCUCCCUGCCCAGGUCAGAGGAGGGCAGCAGCCCCACGGACAGCUCAGGCAGCAGCUCAGAAGAGGAAGAUGACAGCACGCUUGUCCUACUGGCCCCCAAAUCCCGUAGCCCUAGCCCGGGCAAGAUGAAACGGCACCGGAGCCGAAGCCCUAGCUUGGCCAAGUUCCAGGGCCUCAUCCUGCGGCCAUCAAGCCGGGACAGGGGUACAAGCCGCAGCCCCUCACCCCAGAGCCGCCACGGCCUCCCUGGGGACGUCCCUACCAUCCACCUGCCCCAGGAGGAGCGGGGCUGCCGUGGAGCCAAAGCCAAGGAGCUAGGGCGGGCAGCUGACAGCCAGGAGAGCAGCUCCUUCUACCAGACUGUGCGGGAGCAGGGUGGCCCCUGGCGUUUCUCUGCUGAUAACCCCCUGGCCAGGGCUGAUCCCAGGAACCUAGGCCUGCUGCCUGCACUUCGCCUGGAGAUGAUCGACCAGGCCAUGGGUCGGCGAAGGGAGAGUGUGGACCAGGGCUACCCCUGCCAGAGGAUGAGCCCCACCAGCCCUCCAGGCUGCAGCACCUCCCCAAAGGAGGGGAGCAGCCCCCAGGAGCUGGACAGCUGUAGCUCUACCAUGGGCCAUUGAGGCUGUGGCCCCCUUCCCACCUCCCUGUAGUGUGCUUGUUGUGUGCUUUCCUUUGCCCCUCUUCUGCUGAGACACCCCUCUGCCUUAUUUAUUGCAAUCUCUCCUCACUCCUGUUGUGUGCCUGGCAGCUAGGGGCCUCCCCUCUCCCAGCCUGAGCUGCUGCCCUGGACCUGGUAGGGCUGAGAGGUGCGCAGGGGAGGGCAAGGCUGGCCAAGCACAGGGCAGGGGCCCCCUUGUGAAACUGAAAGUGCAAGACCCUUCAGGCCUAUGGGAGGAGUGCUGGCCUUGCACCCGAGGGGGGACAGGAGGCCAGGCCAGAGCUCUGGCAGCAAUGGUGAUGGGCAUAGUCAGGACCACCCCAUGGUACCCCUGAGACUGAAGCUUGCUCAUUCCCUGCUGCUACCACUGUGCCUCAGCCUUGGAUGUAGUGCAAGCAACAGAAUAAACCAUCCUGCCCACCUCAGCUGCACUGUGCUUACUACAGGGGGGUGGGGGUCCAGCAUGAACUGG